AUGCGCUAUCCACACUUUAUCCUUCUUUGUACAUUAUCCCCUCUUGCCCUGGGAAAAUUAUGUCCAAUCCAAGGACCUGCCUUCCCAGCCCCUAAGGAUGUUGCCAGCAGUUCAUCUUUCACACAGGCCAAGAACCAGCUGCUCAGUACACUCGACAAGGCAGUCCACGCAUCAAAUGCAAGUGAAGUAACAGGAAUUGACCCGGACUCAAUCUCGUUUAGUCUCCAGGUCUUCAACACAAAAAGCGAUCAGCCACUGCUUGAAUACUACCAUACCGCACCCUCCAUUCGGAAUAGCACGGUGGGAGUGAGAGAGGUUGACGCAGACACUGUAUUCAGAAUCGCCAGUGUAUCGAAGCUAUGGACGGUCUUGAUGCUUCUGAUUGAGAAGGGUGAUGCGUCCUUGAGCGAGCCUGUUGCGAAAUACGUCCCAGAGCUGCGAGAUGCCGCAAAAGAGCUCAGCCAUAAUGCUACCAUGCGAGAUGAUGAGAUUGAUCACCUCCGCUGGGAUGAAGUUACGAUAGGGGAGUUGGCAAGUCAUAUGACUGGGGUUAUCAGAGAAUAUGCAUCUAUCGACAUCGCAGCUCUCUCCGCCUCGACACCCGGAGGAUUCCCUACGCUUCCGAAGUCUGAUAUCCCGCCAUGUGGUACCAAAGUCGCAUGCACUCGGUCUGAAUUCUUCGACGGCAUCCUAAAAAGCCACCCGAUACUGCACACUAGCUCGACCCCUAUCUACUCUAACCCCAGCUUCCAGAUCCUCGGGUAUGCCCUCGAAGCCAUGACAAACCAAACCUACAAGUCUCUCCUACAAAGGGACUUGAUAAAGCCCCUUGGCUUAUCACGAUCGAGCUACGACAAGCCAGAAGAUGAUACAGCCAUCAUCCCAGGACCCGCCAUGAGCAGCUUUUACGGCGUAGAUGCCGGUGGCGAGACUGCUGCGGGCGGCCUCUACUCCUCAACGAAAGACAUGUCAAUCGUCGGCCGAGCAAUCCUGAACAGCACUCUCCUCCGUCCCUCCUUAACCAGGCGAUGGAUGAAGCCCCGCGCCCACACAUCAAGUCUUGAGGUCUCCGUCGGGGCUCCAUGGGAAAUUUUCACAUUGACCAACCCCCGUCUAAUCGACCUAUAUACCAAGCAAGGUGAUCUGGGAAUGUACUCCUCCAUGCUUGCCCUAUCCCCAGAACACGACGUCGGCUUCACAAUCCUCGCCGCCGGAGAAUCAACCACCGAAGCCGUCACCCUCAUAACAGACCUUACCAUCAAUACCCUCAUCCCCGCCCUCGAAGACGCAGCCAGAGAAGAGGCCAAUACACAGUUCGCAGGCGAGUACUCUUCCGCCAAUGCGUCCAUCAAAAUCACUACCGAUGACCAACCCGGUUUGAAGGUUACCGAAUGGACCAACGAGUCCGUGGAUGUAAGGCAGCUCUUAGUUUCUAAGCUGGGGUUGCAGAAUGCCUCGGAUCUCAGUGUUCGUUUGUAUCCCUCUGGACUUAAGGCACCAGGGCGAGUUGGCUUCCGGGCUGUCUUCCAGGAUAAUUCCGAGGGGGAUUCAGGGAUUGGGCCUGUGACGCGGGCUUGCACCACUUGGAGUUCUGUUGAUAGUAUUAUUUAUGGGAAUGUGGGUGCUGAUGAGUUUGUAUUUGGGGUUGAUGGGAGUGGGAGAGCUGUGAGUAUUUCUCCUAGGGCUUUGCGUGUUGAGAUCCCUAGGGUUGAGGCAUAG